CCACACUAGAAGGAAAUUGCGCCCCGAAGGAGAAUAAGUGGAGAUAAAAAACGUCACCCAGAAUAAGCCGAUAAAUUUUUGGUGCUGCUGAGAGAGCAACGUGAAUAAAUCUCAAAGGACAGGUUUAGUGGAGAUAAAACAUUUAAAAAAAAAAAAAGACACACAGAAUGUACAAGAACCGGUGAAAACGUUGAGGUGAAUUAACUUGGCUCGAGUGAAGUGAAAAUCCACCAGUGAAACCUGGUGGGUUUGAAAACAUUAAAAAAACAGAAGAGACCAACGAAAAAUGGGAAAGAAAAACAGCAAACUCAAGCAAGACACUAUCGAUCGCCUGACCACAGACACCUAUUUCACGGAAAAGGAAAUCCGACAGUGGCAUAAAGGAUUUCUCAAGGACUGCCCCGACGGUCUUCUCACUGAACAGGGAUUUAUCAAGAUCUACAAGCAGUUCUUUCCACAAGGCGAUCCCUCCAAGUUCGCUUCACUCGUUUUUAGGGUUUUCGAUGAGAAUAAUGACGGUACGAUAGAGUUUGAGGAGUUCAUCAGAGCCCUGUCAGUAACGUCAAGAGGAAAUCUAGACGAGAAACUACACUGGGCAUUUCGACUGUACGACGUCGAUAACGAUGGUUUUAUCACACGAGAAGAAAUGUAUAACAUCGUGGACGCGAUAUAUCAGAUGGUGGGUCAGCAGCCACACGCAGAGGACGAGAAUACGCCACAGAAGAGGGUAGACAAGAUAUUCGAUCAGAUGGAUAAAAAUCACGAUGACAGGCUGACACUCGAUGAAUUUCGUGAGGGUAGCAAAGCUGAUCCAAGAAUCGUCCAGGCACUGUCACUCGGCGGAGAGUAACCCACAUUAAGCCCCUCAAGCCCUCAAAAUGUGAAAAUAUAAAUGAAAAAACUCCCUGUUAUUUUAUUCAUCCCUCAAUAUUCAUCAACGAAUAACUGAAUUAUUCGAUGCAGCUAUUCCACUGCAAAUAAUAUUCAGCAUUUCAAGAACAACGUUAACAUGAAUUUUAUAGAUGGACUGAUAUAACAUUACGGGGAGAGGGAGGAAGGGCGGCAGGGGCGGGAGGGGGGACGAAAUUCCCAUCGGAAUAAAUCUGGUAAAGUGCGAAUAGAAGAAGUGCCCUUUGUGGAUGGCAACUGGAAGCAGGCCAACGAGGGGAAUGGAGGGGAGGGCUCGCCCAUCGAAUGCCGACACUACUUUUGGGUUAACCCAGCACGUAUCCCCGGGUGUUUGUAAAAUCCCCGCGUAGAUGAGGCGAACGAGUCAAGAAAAAGAAGUGAAAAAAAUAUACAAACGAUACAGCAGAAAAAUGA